AGAACUGUAUUAAUUCCUCUCUUAACGAGCCAGGAGGACAAGAGGAUUCUAGAGGACCAGAGGACACCAGAACAGUCAGAAAAGAAUUUAGAGUGAACUCUCUGGAGGAAGCAAGAACUUGUCCUGUGGGAUCUCCUGUAUCUUGGGAACUGAUACGACAUCAUAUCUCCUGAGGACAAUACAUCAAAGGACCUAGUACAGACAUAGACGGACACCUCUGAUGGUACCAGCAUCAAAAGGUAAGAAUAUAAAAACUCAACCACCCCUGAGCAGAAUGAGCCGGGAAGAACUGGAGGACAGCUUGUUUCGUCUUCGUGAAGAGCACAUGUUGGUGAAGGAGCUUUAUUGGAAGCAACAGGAUGAGAUCAAAAGGAUGAGGACAGCGUUGCGUCGGCUGAUGGCUUCUGGCCGGGACCUGAGGGCAGAGGUGGUGGAAGCCCAACAGCCUGCACCUCUGCGGCGGAAGGCGGGGUGGCGACAGCCCCCCACUAAGCACCAGCGCCCCCUGCUGCAUGGGCUGCAGCUGCAGUUCCAGCGCGUCGGCCCCCCAGCUCCCCGCCGCAGCCAGCCUCGGGUCCACGCGGGACACAGACAGCUCCGCACGGCCGGUGCGCCGGUUCCCGAGAAACCCAAGAGGGAGCCCAGUGACAGGCUGAGCUACACAGCCCCUCCUACAUUCAAAGAACACGUGACAAAUGAAAAUAUCAGAAGUGAAAUAUCCAGUGAAUCCAGUGAACUUGCUCAUAUUGUGACCAGCAAUACGAUGCUGUUGGAAGAACCACCCAAGUCUCCUGAGAAAAUGUGGUCCAAAGAUGAAGAUUUUGAACAGAGAAGGUCUUUGGGGUGUGCUCAGAAGGCCACAGAGCUUCGAGCUUCCAUUAAGGAGAAUAUAGAGCUGAUUCGUCUUAAGAAGCUUCUACAUGAAAGGAAUACUUCGUUGGUAGCAACAAAAGCACAAUUAACAGAAGUUCAAGAGGCAUAUGAAGCUCUGCUCCAGAAGAAUCAGGGAAUCCUGAGUGCAGCCCAUGAUGCCCUUCUCAAGCAAGUGAAUGAGCUCAGGGCAGAACUGAAGGAGGAGAGCAAGAAGGCUGUGAGUCUGAAGAGCCAACUGGAAGAUGUGUCCAUCCUGCAGAUAACACUGAAGGAGUUUCAGGAGAGAGUUGAAGAUUUGGAAAAAGAACGAAAAUUGCUGAAUGACAAUUAUGACAAACUCUUAGAAAACAUGCUGGACAGCAGUAAUCAGCCUCACUGGAGCAACGAGCUUGUGGGAGAACAGCUACAGCAGAAAGUCUCUCAGUUGCAGGAUCAGCUGGAUGCUGAGCUGGAGGAGAAGAGAAGAGUCUUACUUCAGCUGUCCAGAGAGAAAGAUCAAAACAAGAAUCUGUGUCUUAAAGUCACCCAUCUGCUUCAGAAGCAUAAGCAGGAUGAAGAGAUCCUCCAAAGUCAAGACCUAAUUUCCCAGUCUCCUGACAGGCAGUCUGAACCAGCCACUCACCCAGCUCUAUUGCAAGAGACCACUCAGGUAGAGCCAUGUGAACCAGAAAACCAAGAAGAAAAGAAACUGUCCCAGCUGUUGAGUGAGUUGCAAGUGUCGCACGCAGAGACCACACUGGAACUAGAAAAGACCAGAGACAUGCUUAUUCUCCAGCGCAAAAUCAACGUGUGUUAUCAGGAGGAACUGGAGGCAAUGAUGACAAAAGCCGAUAAUGAAAAUAAAGAUCAUGAGGAAAAGCUGGAGAGGUUGAAUCAACUGCUAGACCUCAAGAACGAUCGUAUCAAUCAGCUGGAAGAACAGCUCAAAGAUGUGGCUUACGGCACCCGACAGUUGUCGUUAUGUCUGCAAACACUGCCAGCCCAUGGAGAUGAUGAUGAAGCAGACAUUUCUCUGCUGCAUCAGAGUGAGAAUCUUUUUGAACUGCACAUCCACCAAGCCUUUCUGAAGUCUGCUGCCCUGGAUCAGGCUGGAGACACUCAACCUACCACUUUCUGUACUUAUUCCUUCUAUGAUUUUGAAACCCACUGUACCCCACUAGCUGUGGGGCCACAGCCCCUCUAUGACUUCACCUCCCAGUAUGUGGUAGAAACAGAUUCCCUUUUUUUGAACUACCUUCAUGGGGCUUCAGUCCGGCUUGAUCUACACCAGGCUGUAGCCAGUGAGCACCACACGCUUGCAGCUGGAUGGAUUUACUUUGAGAGGGUGCUGGAGACUGUGGAGAGGGUCCAUGGCUGUACCAUACUUACUGGAGCUGGUGGAGAAGACUUCGGGGUGCUAGAAUACUGGAUGAGGCUGCGCUUCCCCAUAGGAUCCAGCCUACAGGCAUGCAAUAAGCGAAAGAAAGCUCAGGCCUACCUGUCAGCCAAUGUGCUUGGUGCCUUGGAGGCCCAGGAAGAUAAGUCCAGAUUGGAGACCUGGAAGCAUCAGAAUGAGCUGCGGGUGGAAAUCAUCAGAUGCUAUGGCCUCCGGAGUCGGCGGCUGGGAACCCAGCCCAGUCCAUACGUCAUGUACCGCUUCUUCACCUUCUCUGACCACGACACUGCCAUCAUUCCAGCCAGUAACAAUCCGCACUUUAGAGACCAGGCUCGGUUCCCAGUGCUUGUGACCUCUGACCUGGAUAAAUAUCUGAGGCGGGAGGCCCUGUCUGUCUACGUUUUUGAUGAUGAAGAUGCAGAGCCUGGCUUGUACCUUGGCCAAGUCCAAGUGCCCUUGCUUCCUCUCGCACAAAACAAAUCCAUUAAAGGUGAUUUUAACCUCACAGACCCUGCGGGGAACCCCAGUGGAUUUGUUGAGAUGCAAUUGGACUGGAAAUCUUUCUACCUACCCCCAGAGAGCUUCCUGAAACCAGAAACUCAGCCUGAGGAGAAUACCACGAAGGACAGUUUAGAGAUCUCAUCUGAAGAGGAAAAGGCUUCCUUUCUCCCCCAGGACCUGAUGGCAUUUGGUGAGAUUCCCAUUGAAGCUGGCCACUAUCAAGUUAAGAGAAAACCUCCACAGGUGGGAGAAAGAAAGGAAAGGGAACACCAGGUUGCAAGCUACUCAAGAAGAAAACAUGGCAAAAGAACAAGCAUCCAAGGAAAGAACAGAAUGGAGUAUCUUAGUCGUAACAUCUUAACUGGAAAUACACUACAACAGGUGAAGUACACUGAAUGGAAGUUCUCAGGGCUCAAGAGCUCCAUAGAUGAUGGUUUGAAAAAUCAGCAAAAGGAAGAGAAAAUUACAUCAUCCCAUUCAGUACCAAUGCAGAAAGAAGCCCUGAAUCCUGUAAAUGAUAAAGAAUCCUGUGAACAAGCUUCUGAAGUCAGUGAAGCACAGACUACAGAUAGUGAUGACAUAGUGACACCAGUAUCUCAGAAAUGUCCUAAGGCGAGGUCAGAGAAGAUGCGCAUUGAAAUUGUCUCCCUGGCCUUCUACCCAGAGGCCGAAGUGAUGAGUGAUGAGAAUGUAAAACAGGUGUAUGUAGAGUACAAGUUCUACGACCUCCCCUUGUCGGAGACGGAGACUCCAGUAUCCCUGAGGAAACCAAGGGCAGGAGAAGAGAUCCACUUCCACUUCAGCAAAGUGAUAGACCUGGACCCACUGGAGCAAAAAGGCCGAAGGCAAUUUCUGUUCGCCAUGCUGAAUGGACAAGAUCCUGAACAAAGACAUUUAAAGUUUACAGUGGUAAGCGAUCCUAUGGACGAGGAGAAGAAAGAAUGUCAAGAAGUGGGAUAUGCGUUUCUGGAACUGUGGCAGAUUAUGGAGUCAGGAAGAGACCUUGUAGAGCAAGAGCUAGACAUUGUCAGCCCUGAAGAUCAGGCCACCCGGAUAGGAAGGCUGAAGGUGUCCCUUCAAGCUGCCGCCGCCCUCGACGCCAUUUACAAGGAGAUGACAGAAGUUACACUUUCGUGAUGGAGCAAGUACUAUUCCGUUCUAAACUCUCUGAGGGAACCGCAGUAAAAAGUCUCUUAUAAAGUAA